AUGACAUAAUAGUCCGCUAUCCACCGGCGCAGAAGCAGCAACAGUUACAAUGUUGGUGUUCAUCAGUCUGGUUGUGUGUGCCAUUAGUGCGUUAUAUUUUUAUUUGGUUUGGAAUUUUGAUUACUGGAAGAAGCGUGAUGUGCCCGGUCCGAAACCGCUUCCAUUCCUCGGGAAUUUUCCCGCCUUCAUACUACGCAACCGAUCAGCAAUAGAACAGAUUGAUGAUACAUACAGAGAAUACAAACCAAAGGUCAACUUUGUCGGUGUGUUCAGCAAUCGCUCUCCACGAAUUCUCAUCACGUCAUCAGAGCUUGCUAAAGAUAUUCUAAUGAAAAACUUCAAAAGCUUUCAUGAUAAUGAGUUCGGUGAAAUAACGAACAAGGAAACGGACCCCCUGUUAGGACGAAAUCCCUUUCAUCUGAACGGAGAUGAAUGGAAAACGAAAAGGGCUGAAAUCACCCCAGCGUUCACCACAUCGCGAAUGAAGGCUCUUUUCUCAAUCAUCGAAAGUGUUUGCUCCCGACUGACCUCAUACAUCAAGCAAAACGAGAAGGCACCACUGGAGGCGAAGGAACUGGCGGCGAAAUUCACAACGGAUGUUGUUUCAAGCUGUAUUUUCGACGCAGACGCCCAGUCUUUCACAAGCGAGAAGCCGGAAAUACGCGAGAUGGGACGGAAGCUGUUGGAUUCUUCACUCUCGUCGCUCACCGUUAUGAUCUUGGUUUCGGCUUUUCCCAAAUUGGCAAAACUGCUUCAAAUUGGAUUGAUUCCAAAAUCGAUAGAACGUUUUUUCACAGAUUUAAUGUCGGAGGCAAUUCGUUAUCGUGAAACGAACUCGAUAAAGCGAGUCGAUUAUCUGGAGCAUCUUAUCAGCUUGAAAAACAAAAAGGAGAUUUCGGCACUGGACAUGGCCGCUCAUGGAGUAACGUUUUUUAUUGAUGGAUUUGAAACAUCCAGCGUUGCUAUCUCGUUCGCUUUAUACGAAAUAGCUAGAAAUGCUAAAGUUCAGGUAACGCUUAGGAAGGAGCUGUUAAACGCUACCGAUGACAAUGGUAAUAUUUCCUACGAAUCCCUGUUGGAGUUACCAUAUUUGGAGCAAGUAAUCAACGAAACCCUUCGGCUCUGGCCACCGGGUGGAUUGAUUUCGAAGAAAUGUACCGAACCAAUCGACUUGGAAAUGACGCCGACGAGGAAAGUUCGCAUAGAACCCGAAGUGUGCGCUAUGAUUAACAUCUGGUCCAUACACCGCGAUCCGGAAAACUAUGAAAAUCCUUUGGAUUUCAACCCGGACCGAUUCAGCCCGGAGCAAGGUGGAACUAACACUUACCGUGAGAAAGGUUGCUUUAUGCCGUUCGGGGAUGGUCCAAGGCAGUGCCUUGGUAUGAGAUUUGCCAGAAUGCAGGUCAAACGAUGCAUUUACGAAGUGAUCAAAAACUUUGAAUUGACGGUUGAUAGCAAAACCAAACAGCCAUUGCAACUGGACCCGAAACAAUUUCUAACAUCGGCGCUGGGUGGAAUUUGGUUGAACUUUGAAACGAUUGCAAAAUGAACAGUUCAAUGAUGAAUAAUUCAGUUUUUCAAAGCACCUAUAUCCUAUGUAAUGACGCGAGGUCUGGAAAGCCUCACAUCAUCGAUAUAUUUUUGCUACUAUUGAUGUUCAUUAUAACAGACUAUAAACAUAUGUAUAUUUUUGAUAUAAUAUAUUCAACAGCGGGAUGGUAA